CUGAAAAAUUUGAAUAUAACCAAAAGAUUCGUUUAUUGUAACAUCAAACGAUACAGUGAAGACUGUAGUGUAGAUGACAGGUCAAGAAGUGUUCGCCCUCGGUCUGUUAGUACUCCAGCAGUGAUAAAAGCCUUAACAAUCUAUUACUCCUGGAAGUGUAACCGUAAGAUAUUAUAUAUGAUCGUAACGAUCCUUCCCGUAAACCACUACUGCCCUACAUUAUCCUGA